GUAUUUUUGUCUUCCUUUUGGUUUGAUAAGAAGCUUAUAUCCAUAAUUCUUUAGAGAACAAAUGGUACUGUUCCCUGUUUGACCUUACUAUGGUUAAGGUCAUCAGUAGCUGCUGUCUUUGUCUCUCACAAAGCGUUUACAUUUCUUUCACUAAACCUUGUGAGACACCUUUGCGAUCAACUAUUUGAUUAUCCAAAACUAUUUUGGUGUGCUGGUCUUAAAUUUAUCGGUCGCUGGAAAAUAAUGUCGGCUAAGGCUAGAUAAUAUUUUGAAAGUAGUGUUUAUUCAGAACAUGUUAUCUAACCUCAUGGAUGUUGGCUUGGACUUGUUUACCAGUUGCUGUCAGUUGUGGCCCCCCGCAAGUCAGUCACAUGGAGCCUGUUUAUCUCCACUCCAUCUAUUCUGUCUGUGGAAGUUAGUGGGGUCGCUGUGCCCACUAGGACAUGUGACAAAUGAAGCAGUGGGCAAGCGGGGGCCAGUUCUCUGAAAGUAUUCCAGGCAAGCAAGCAGGAAUGUGUGCUUUGGUUGUCGGUAUCGGAUAUCAGCAGCUGUGAGUGGUCUGUAUAAAGGACAGAGCGGCAAGCCCUCCACCAGAAUAGAUAUCAGCCUUUGACCAGUCGCACUACAGUGAAGCUCAACACUUGAGGCAGACCUAGAAAGUGAACCUUUUCUCUCUGAAGAAACCAGGCUAUCUACAAAUCCUACUGCAACGCCAACUCUUUCCACGAUGGACGUUCAGAGGACAGGGUCGAUGGUUCGGCCUCCCAGCCCCAUGGACAGCCUGGAGAAGCAGCUGAGUUGCCCCAUCUGCCUGGACAUGUUCACGAAACCCGUUGUUAUCCUUCCCUGCCAGCACAACCUGUGUCGGAGCUGUGCUAGUGACCUCUACGAUUCACGCAACCCAUACCGCUUCUCUGGAGGUGUCUUUCGCUGCCCUACCUGCCGGUUCGAAGUGGUGUUAGAUCGUCAUGGCGUGCAUGGUCUCCAGCGCAACCUGCUGGUGGAGAACAUCAUUGACAUCUACAAGCAGCAACAGGAGGGAACCAACAACACUGGAAACACUGAAACCAAUCUGAAGCCAAAGGAAUCCAAAGAGCCAAUGUGUCAAGAACAUGAAGAUGAGAGAAUCAACAUCUACUGCACAACCUGUCAGGUGCCGACUUGCUCAAUGUGCAAAGUGUUCGGGCAGCACAAGGACUGUGAAGUGGCACCUUUAGCAACCAUCUACCAGACCCAGAAGGGGGAACUGAGCAACGCCAUUGACACCCUGGUGGCCAGCAACGGACGAUUGCAGUCCCUGCUCAACCAGAUGGAAGAUUCCUGCCGCGAUGUUCAGGAAAAUGCCCAGCGUGCCAAACAACGCCUGGCCGAAAGCUUCGACUUGCUCUAUGCUGUCUUGGAAGAACGGAAAACCAUUCUGCUGGAGCAAAUUGGUAAAGAGCAAGAUGAGAAGGUGGCCUCCCUACGUGCAAUGGCUCAGCGUUAUGGCGAACGCCUCCAGUCUACCACGGAGCUCACAGACAGUGCAGUGAGAGCGCUUGAGCAGAGCAGUGCUGCUGAAUUUCUGAUGGCCUCCAAGGGCCUGAUCAUGCAGACCAAAGAUGCGGCCAAGUGCUCACUGGGUGAGGAGAGGCCUGAGCCCGGCUUUGAGAAGAUGGACCACUUCAAUUUGUCGACAGAGCAUGUCGAAGCGGUCCUUGCAAAAAUGGACUUUGGAUUGGCUGAUGAUGAUGACUUUGAGGAUGCAGAGGAAGAGGAAGAGGAAGAAGAAGAAGAAGAGGAGGAGGAGGAAUAAUGUAAAGUGACAUGAUCAUGAACAUUCAUAGUGUUUUCUUUCUGAGACAAGAGACAUGGCAGGGAUUUAGGGAUGUUGCGGUAGUAUAUGAUUACAGCGGAUGUGAGCUGGCUCAGUUUGCCAGUGCUCUCAGUGCAAUAUUGAACUUCAAUGUCGUAUUGAUAAUUUUCCUUAACCUUUUUUAUACUUUUGUACUUCUGAGCCACUGAAUGCCGGUGCUAAGUAGAGAAGCUAGUGUUAGAUUCUUGAUUCUGUCUGCUGAGAUUGAGUUAUUUUAAUGUAGCCAAUAGUGGUUUUGCAUUCUGUCACUUUUUCUAAGUUGGUCUAUUUGUAUUCACCAAAUGGAUCUUCAAUGGAACUUGAAAUAAAUC